UGCAUCUGCUGGUUCAGCUCCGACUCCCUACGCUCACAUACACACACACACUCACACACUCACACACUAGCACACACAUGCACUCACACACACGGACACUCUCCCUCUCACACACUCUUACACAUACACUACCAGGGGAUUCCUCCGCCACUGCAGCCUCUUGUCGCUCCACCUGGUUCCUGCCUCCACUGUGGGGGGAAAGCACGGGAUCCAGAAUGACUUCUACUAAAUGGCCACUGGUCGGAGCUUUGUGUUGAUCCAUCGACGAACGCUAGGAGUAGAUGAAAAAACACAGCCUUUAAUCCAGAGAGGAUUCCUCUUCUCUGUGCUGAGAGUCUUCUAACUGUGUGUAAGGACCACUGGGAGUACAAGUAUCAAGUCAAGGACACGUUCACUCCCCCUUCAGCCUGCAGGAAGAUGGGAGGGAGAAAGUAAAGCUCUGUGGAGUCAAGAGGAGCUUAAUGAAUUCCAAGGAAUCUUAAAAUAAUCGGUACAUUUGUGUAUGUUUGUGUGAGUGGAUCAGGCAACCAUGUGGACACUACCUGCAGCCGUCCACUGUCUUCUGGCCACUGCACUGUUAUUGGCCGGCUGCUGCCUCCACUCGGUGAAGGCCACUGAGGAUGACGUCACACCGCGCAUCAGUUUCCCAUACAAUGCAAAAGAGAGGUCAGCCAAGAGAUUCUCUGUGAAAGACGUCUUCAAUUACACCUCUCUGCUGCUCAGCCAGGAGGAUGACAUGCUGUACGUUGGAGCCAGGGAGGCACUGUUUGCCCUCAGCCUUUCUGAUAUCAGCAAAACCAAACUGCAGAAAAACCUGACUUGGGGUACUCCAGCUGGAAAAAGGGAGGAAUGCAGCUUCAAAGGGAAGAACCUUGAGACCGACUGCUUCAAUUACAUCAAAAUUCUGCUGCGGCUGAAUAGCACUCACCUCUAUGUGUGCGGCACCUAUGCCUUCAGUCCAAUCUGCGCCUACAUAAACACGUCAACAUUCACGUUGGAGAGAGAUGAAGUGGGCGAGGUUGUGAUGGAAGAUGGGCGCAGUCGGUGCCCUUUUAAUCCAGAGUACAAAUCCACUGCCAUCAUUGUUGAUGGUGAAUUGUACACUGGGACUGUCAGUAACUUCCAAGGGAAUGAACCAGUUAUUUACAAGAGUUUGGGUCAGGGAACGGCACUGAAAACAGAAAACUCUUUAAAAUGGUUACAAGAUCCCGUUUUUGUCGGAUCGGCUUACAUUGAGGAGAGUCAGCCAAUCGGUAACCCCGUAGGUGACGACGACAAGAUUUACUUCUUCUUUAGCGAGGCGGGAAAAGAAUUCGACUUCUUUGACAACACCAUUGUAUCAAGGAUUGCUCGCGUGUGUAAGGGUGAUAAGGGUGGUGAGCGGGUGCUGCAGAAAAAGUGGACCACAUUCUUGAAGGCCCAACUCCUGUGUUCCCUUCCCGAUGAUGGAUUUCCCUUUAACAUCAUCCAAGACAUGUUUGUCCUGAAGCCCAUGGGAGACAGCUGGGAGAGCACAGUCUUUUAUGGCGUCUUCACAUCGCAGUGGUACAAAGGAGCGUCUGGCAGCUCAGCGGUGUGUGCCUUCACCAUGGCACAGGUGGAAAGAGCAUUCAGCGGACGCUACCGUGAGGUCAACAGGGAGACCCAGCAGUGGUACACCUACAACCACCCGGUCCCAGAGCCACGGCCCGGAGUGUGCGUGACCAGCCACGCCAGGCAAAUGGGUAUCCAGUCGUCCUUGCACAUGCCUGAUAAAGUGCUCAACUUUGUCAAGGACCAUUUCCUUAUGGACAGUGUGAUCCGCAGUGCUCCCCUGCUCCUCAAACGUAGUGUACGUUACACACAGAUCGCCGUGCACAAGAUCCAGGGCAUGGAGAGAGCCUAUGAUGUUCUCUUCAUAGGAACAGAUGAUGGGAAACUCCAUAAGGCCAUAAACGCAAAUGACAAGAUGCACAUCAUAGAGGAAAUGAUUCUGUUUCCUGAGCCUCAGCCUGUGCAGCACAUCGAACUUGAUCCUCAGAGGGGCCUUUUGUUCGUCUCGUCCUACUCCGGCCUGGUGGAGGUUCCUGUUGCUAACUGUUCCAACUACCUCAGCUGCGGGGAGUGUGUGUUGUCCAGAGACCCGUACUGCGCCUGGACAGGCCGGCUGUGUCGGGAUGUCAGGAUGGCUCCACCUGACAGUCACUGGCAGCAAGACGUGGAGGAGGCGGAUACAUCAGCGAUUUGUAACAGCGCCAGAUCUGCCAGACCAGCAGCUUCCCGUGGUCCCCAUUGCCAGUUCGUCACAAUCCCAGCCAACACAUUCAGAGUCCUGCCAUGCAAACUGCGCUCCAACCUGGCUCGAAGGAGGUGGCAUUACAGUGACAGCGCCAGCCAGUUCCUGUACGCCACACCUGAGGGAAACCUGGUGGUUGUGGCUCAGGCCGACAGGAUGGAGACCUACGAGUGCUGGUCAGAGGAGGAGGGCUUCCGCCAGCUGUUGGCCAAUUACUGUGUGAGGGCAGAGCCACGGCAUGAGAGCACUACUCUGAUUGGCCACUCGCGUACACCUCACAUCGAGCGGGAGGAGACCAUCAUCCUGCCUGGGGAGUCACGGUCUGAGCAGGUUCACACAAAGACGUACUGGAACGAACUGAUUGUAGUGUGCGCCCUCCUGGCCUUCUCCCUGGUGGUGUUCUCCUUGUUCGUCAUUUACAGAAACCGAGACCAUAUGAAGUCCAUGCUGAAGCAGGGCGAGUGUCCGAACAUGCAGCAGAAGAAGCCCAGAAUAGUUGGAAAGCCCACAGAAAGCUUACCCCUCAACGGCAACACCAUCCCCGUUUCCACCUCUGAUCAUAAGGGCUACCAGACAUUAAACGACAACUACAUCUGCAGCACGCCCACCCACGAGUCCUCGCCAGACAACAGCAAGAGCUUCUCCGAGUCCUCCGAUAGGCGACCACUGAACAUAAAGGAGAGCCAUGUGGAAUACUCUCCAACCUGCCCGCGCCCCAGAGUGAGGUUAGGCUCCGAAAUCAAAGACUCCAUCGUAUGAGAGCACAGAAGACGCUACAAGACGCCACCCUGUAUCUCAGGAGGGAUACGGGCCAAACCCACCGAGCGAGGAGCGGAAACUGAUGACAUCCUCCUACAUCACAGCACAUGUUUUUGUUUCAGUCAUCUUUGUUCUGUGAUCAUUACGGAGGCCAUUUUAUUUAACCAUGUCCACUCCAAAGCCAGCCAAGGUUGGUCUGGGUUGCUGCAUGAGAAAGAAACAGGAGGCAGCGUAUUAUUCCAGUUUCAACCAGGAUCACGAACCACGGCAGCUGCUACGAAUAAUAACAUAGCAUUCUCAUCCUCUUGAAUCUUUCUGUGGCCACCAACAGUAGGUGUAAGUGUAGGGCUGCACAAUAGGGGGGAAAAAAUACUAACAAGAUUAAGAGAUAAAUCACAGGAUCAGCCGGAUCCUCCAUUAAAUUCCUUAGUUAAUGUACAUCACAUGAUUCAGACUAUAAGUUUUUCCUAAUGAUUUAUUUACCAGCCCUGUAUAGGUAUGUGUAACCAUGCACAUGUUUAGCAGGAGAUCGCCGUUAUAGUAUUUCCACCUCUGUUGUCAUGCAAAUGCUACACAACAGUACCAUGCUAUCGUAGAGGUCAUGCACAGUGACCUUGAGUUCAGGUUGAGGAGAAUAUAAUUCAUGCAUCCACACAUUAUGGGAGCAUAGCAGAUGCACAUUUGAUCUCCUUAGCUGAAUAAAUGUUCUAACUGUAUGAAACGAAAGAUGAAAAAGAGAAGUGGGGAACGUCACAGCUUGGUGACACAGAGGCCAUUUCACCCCAUGGGAGCAAUGACACAAAGGACAGCGAGUUGAAGAAAGACGUCAGUGGCUGCUGAUCAAAAAAAACUUUCCUCCAGAGCCAAAAAAACUGACAUGUACCUCCUGAAUGUAAGCUAUUGUUCAAAGGUGUGUUUAGAUCAUACAUACAGGACAACUUAGAAACCCUGUUCUCAUCUGAGGUAGCCCUGUUCUUCACUGUUGACUUGCAGGCAUCAUGAUGGGUAAAUAACUGAUUUUCAGGCAAGAAUGGAAAAGAUUGGAUGUUUUGAUGUCUGUCAAUGUUGAUGUUAGAAACACAUGAAGAGCCAAGAAAAGAGGAGACCUCCACGCCUCUACCAUGUUCAGGGCAGCACUGAAAUCAUCAUGUGCAGAGUGCCAAAAAAGAAAAAAAAAUCAUAACUUGAUUGUCUUAUCGAAAUGCAAUAGUGCCAUCCUGUUAUGACCACUCCCAUCUCAUGCUUUGUUAGCAUUGACCACUGUUGAAGAGCACAUGGGGAUGGAACCAGAGUUGGGGUUCAACAGAAUAAAUAUGGCACUAAUAAAUACGACACAAAUGUGAAGUGCAUGGAAACUUCUCUAGACUGUUAGCUUAUGAUACAUUUUGCAGACUGUGAUGGGCAAAGUAAUCGACUCUAAUGUUCGAUCCGAAUAAGGGCCAAGUGACGUGGUGUGAGGAUUGCCGAAUGGGUUUGCCACAAGGUUGUCAGUGGAGAAAAUAUUCCUUUCAGAUACCCUUAGAGGAGUUUUCCGACUUCUUAGUAUUAACAGUAAAACAUAAAGGUACCACUAGCGUUAGAAACUGAGCUUGACGAGUGCUAACAAUACAGCUAUGACAUCUUUUUAGUAAUAAAAGCUUACAAGAAAAGAAUGAAGAGCUCACGUAACAGCAUUUAUGUUCCAACUGUUGCUGUGUUAACAAGCUAAUAUUUAGUGGUCUCUUGUCCAGACUGCAGAUGCACUAUUAGUCAUGUAGAUGCACAGAGCUCUGUAUUAGCUCAAUAUAGUCCCCCAGGUUACAUUUCUUACUUGCAUACAUGGCAUUCACCACGCUCAGUCACAUGUUGAAGCGACGUUAAUGUGAAAGCACAAGUAAUCAGGGUGUUAAACACUUACAGGUUUGCACAUUUCAGCAAAAUCAGAGCAGAUUAAAAGACAUGCAACUACUGAGAGACAUAAGUGUGGCUGCUAAGGAAAUGAUUUUUUUUUUUAAAGAAUCAUCUAUUACAGGGACCAGUGCAGCCAUUAACACUCUUGCACCCACAUUGCUAGACUUUUUUGAGACUUAAAAAGCAGAUUUUUCCAAAGAUUUAACAAGCUGAUAGUGUUGUGUAAACCUAAACCAUUUACACGCCCGUAGGGACAAUACGGCACCACAUGUCUUAGAAAACACCACCAGUUCACUGUAUUGAUCGAGUAAGCCCACAGUAUAUAUUCCAGUAUCAUCCAGAAUUAACAUUUUGCUAUUUCAAACACUGAGCAGAUGAUGAAAUGUAACUGCUAAAAAUUGGCCAAGAAAUUGCACAGCAUUUUGCGCAACGAUGGUCAGUGUUCUUUUUUUAACUUUUUGUUGUGUAUAUACAGUAUCUGUGCUUAAUAUUGUGUGUUUUUAAGGGACCUUGUGCAAGAUGUGUUGUAGAGAUAGUCUUGAAACUAGAGAGUGAACACUGCUGAUACUUUUUUUUUCAUAGUGCUUUAUUGCCUACUUCAACAUACAUUUCUUCUCUUGCACAAAACUCUGCACAUCUCUCACCAACUUGCCGUAGUUCAGCACCUGGACUGACUUUUUCUUUUUUCAAGCAUGUUAAAGCAGGAGCGCUACUUGUUUGUAACUUAAUGCCAGAAUGACUUUGGUGCAAGCUGAGACUGACCAAAUAAACUAAAAGCAGCAAAACUAAAGUCUGUUGCAUAUUCUAGUAACAGCUGAAUACUUUUUGUCACCACUAAGACACAAUUUCUUUUUCUUACUGUACAUUGGUCUCCUGCUUUGAGAUGCUUGAUGGAAAACCCUCACAACACAUCCUCAAAAUGCCUUUAGAAACGAGUUGUUCUGCCUUCAGCCACGUGCCACAUUGCACGCUACCCAGCAGUGACCUCACCAACAGAAAUGUGGUGACUGGCUUGAUUGUAGCCCUUCCACGGGCACGCUUAACUCCACUACACAAUACAACACGGGUCAACAGUACGUCUGUAGUUUCACCCAAGCCACAGUUAACUAUGCCUGCAAACAGCAAGACCAGGAGCUGCUCAAAAUCUUCUGCCAUUCUUCAACUUUUGCUUGUAAAAAUGAUACUGUUCACAUAGGAAUCAGCUGUCUGAAGAGGUCAAUAUUUCACAGUAAUAAUAUUUCUAAUGUUGUAUAGAAAAGCUAUGCUACAGAACCUUUUGACCUUAAUGGUUAAUAAUGCCAAAAGGUGAAUAUUGUUAUAAAGUAUUAUUUAUUAAUGACGUGCUUUUCAUUAAAAAGCAGACAAUAAAAAAAAAAUGGAGAUUGAUGCUUUGUCUUGAGUGGCUCCUCAGUAAUGCAGCAUACUGUACUGGACAUGAAUGUAGCCAACUAUGUCGUGUUUUCUAGAGCAUCUUCAAGGGUAUUAUAGCGAUUCAUUUUCCUACAGUGGUUUAAGUAGGCAAUCCAUGGCAACAUGUUUUCAAGACUUUUAUUUAACAGUCAUACUACAAAGAAGCAGCACAACAAAACAAAUUAAUCACUUGUGCUGUACAUUGUAGUACUGCAGUAAGAUGCAAGCACAGCACGAAAUCCUCCAUGUCGGCUCAGCCAUGAAACAACAGCUUUGCCUCCGCAUACUGAACACCAUAAGCUUAGUUGACUGAAUAACUAAUAGACAAAUGUGGUCUUGCCUGCAUGAUUUCUUUUUUUUUUUUUUUAAUUAUUUGUUGUGUACAAAUAACAUUGUGAACUGUAUUUUUUGUAUCAUUGAGGUCGUGACUGUUGUUUUUAUUAUAUUGUACAUAAAAAGCACUUUAUUUUAAUUUUUUUAAGAUAACUGAAUAAAAUACAUGUUUUGACACAUGCAAA